CCUUUCCAAUAGAAAAUGAAGACUUCCUUGGUCUUCUUACUGGUGCAUAUAUUUUGCCAUCUUUGCAGAGCUCAGAAACACAGCAGUGACAAUGAUAUCUUGCUUCAAGCUCCUAAUGUUGAGAGCGGGGAAAAGAAGGAACAGACGCAGAGGUCCGGGACUGAAGCUGAGGAAGGUGAACAAGAGCUGCUGAUUCAGUCUGACAUCUGGGCUGAACUGAGGCAUCUGAGAGACAUGGUGGUGGAGCAGAAAGUAGAGCUGAGGCACCUGACGGCCAGAGUAACCACAGCUGAGAGCCUGGUGGAGGCCUUGGAGAAGGAGAAUUCAGCCAUGGAGGCCAGGAUGACAGCUGCUGAGAGCUUGGCAGAGGAACUGCAGAUGGAGAAUGAUGUGCAAUCUACAGAGCUUUCAGUCACUCAGCAGAAGCUCAGCACUCUACAGCAAAGACUGACAGUCAGUGAAGGCAGCAUAGAGGAGCUGGAGAAACAGCAGGAAGGACAAACGGCUGCACUGCAGGAACUUGCCAACAAAGUGAGCCACAGUGUGGCUUUUUCUGCCUCCCUUUUGGCAUCUGGGGAUGGUAACACAAACGCAGGCCCAGAUUUUGUUCCACUCAUCUACAAAAAUGUCUUUACCAACAUUGGACAUCACUACAACCCAAACACAGGUUUCUUCACUGCACCAGUGAGAGGAGUGUAUUUCUUUAGAUUUACUGGCCAUGUAGCACACUCUGAAAUUGCUAUGGUAAUGAGACUUGUCAAGAAUGGACAUCUUUUAGUUACAGCAGCUGACCGUCACACCACAGAUACAGAUAUGGAGGACAAUGCAUCCAAUGGUGUAGUGUUGCAGUUAGAAGUGGGAGAUGUUGUUUCGGUACAACUUGUGGGAAAUGUUUGGGAUGACCACUAUCACAGAACAACCUUUAGUGGCUUUCUGCUCUUUCCUUUGUAAGAUAUUACAAUUGUCAACAUGAGAGCUACACAAAGGGGCCAAUUUGUGUAAUUUCAAUAAUGACUGCCCAUUUAUUAAAGUGUCCUAAAAACGACACAAAAAAGUGAUUAAAAAAAAAAAUUCUACCAUAAGACAAGUUUAUGAAAAUAAAAACAAAAACAACAUAAAAGUUUGUAUUCACCUCCACAUCUGAAUCUUCUAAUAUUUCUCCCAUCAUCUACUGCUCCCCCACCCUAAAAAAAGACAAUGAUGAAUAGGUCAUUCUAAAUUGUUUGAACAUGUUUUAAGACAUGUACAAUACUCACUAAAAUAUAAUAUUGAUAAUUUGUGUCUGAUAUGGUGCAUAAAGUGCAUCUACUCUUUCUCCCUCAUUGAAAAAUGCUGAAUCUAUGACUAUGCAAAUGUUAUAAACUUCAAAAGUCAAAGGUUUACUUGAAUGUGAUUGGCUUCCAAAGAAGUUUU